AUGGCAGCUCUCAAGAACCUCUGCGCAAACAUCUUCUACUGCUGCACAAGCCGUAACACGGUCGACUAUGAAAAUGUGCUUGCCGACAGCGAGCGCGAAGCCGUCACCGACCUCUUGAACUUCCUCGAGAACAGACAAGAGACGGAUUUCUUCACCGGCGGGCCCCUCAAUGCCCUCAGCACUCUGGUCUACUCGCACAACAUUGACUUGCAGCGAAGCGCCAGUCUGACCUUUGCCGAGAUUACCGAGCGAGAUGUGCGCGCUGUGGAUAAGAACACCCUCGAGCCCAUCCUCUUCCUUCUCGAAAGCAGCGAUAUCGAGGUCCAAAGAGCCGCUAGUGCCGCCUUGGGAAACCUCGCCGUAGAUGCACACAACAAGAUCCUGAUCGUCCAACUAGGGGGUCUCCAACCGCUGAUCAGACAGAUGAACUCGAGCAACGUCGAGGUACAAUGCAAUGCUGUCGGUUGUAUCACAAACUUGGCCACGCACGAAGACAACAAGGCAAAGAUUGCUCGUUCCGGUGCUCUGGCUCCCCUGACGAGGCUGGCAAAGUCCAAGGACAUGCGUGUUCAGCGAAAUGCUACCGGCGCUCUCUUGAACAUGACUCAUUCAGAUGACAACAGGCAGCAGCUUGUCAACGCCGGCGCCAUCCCCGUUCUCGUCCACCUCCUCACCUCGCCUGACACCGAUGUCCAAUACUACUGCACCACCGCUCUCAGCAACAUUGCCGUCGAUGGCACCAACCGCAAGCGCCUUGCACAGACAGAGCCUCGCCUCGUCCAGUCGCUAGUGAACCUCAUGGACGGCCAUGCUCCCAAAGUACAAUGCCAAGCCGCUCUUGCUCUGCGCAACCUUGCUUCGGAUGAGAAGUAUCAGCUCGAGAUUGUGCGCAACGGUGGUCUUGGUCCUCUUCUACGCCUCCUCCAAUCAGCGUUCCUCCCUCUCAUCCUUUCCGCUGUCGCAUGUAUCCGCAACAUCUCAAUCCACCCCAUGAACGAGUCUCCCAUCAUCGACGCAGGCUUCCUCAAGCCUCUGGUCCAUCUUCUUGGAAGCACCGACAACGAGGAAAUUCAAUGUCACGCCAUCUCCACCCUUCGCAACCUUGCUGCAUCGUCAGAUCGCAACAAGCAACUCGUCCUGGAGGCUGGUGCUGUUCAGAAGUGCAAGGAGCUUGUUUUGGAGGUUCCGGUUAACGUCCAGAGCGAGAUGACGGCUGCUAUCGCUGUUCUUGCUUUGAGCGAUGAGCUCAAGCCUCAUUUGCUGAGCCUCGGUGUCUUCGACGUCUUGAUUCCUCUGACCGAGAGCGAAAGCAUCGAGGUCCAGGGCAACAGUGCUGCUGCUCUGGGCAACUUGUCAAGCAAAGUCGGUGACUACUCAAUCUUCAUGACCAACUGGAGUUCUCCCUCUGGUGGUAUCCACGGCUACCUGUCUCGUUUCCUUGCAUCCGGAGAUCCAACCUUUCAACACAUCGCUAUCUGGACUCUGCUGCAACUUCUUGAAAGCAACGACACGCGUCUCGUCAGCACCAUCAACUCGGCCGAAGAUGUCAUGCAAAUGGUCCAAGACAUUUCCGAAAGACAAGUCGAGAGCGACAACGAGGACGGCAGCGAAGACGGCGAGGCCGAGGUGGUCGGACUCGCUCGCCGCUGCCUCGAGAUCUCAAGCGGUGACGGCAACAAGAAGGCGUUAUCCGAAGGUUGA